AUGCAGGUGUUGUCGGCAAAUAAUGUCAAAAUUUAUAAUUUAAGUGCAGGCAAAUCAAUUCCGGAUUGGAUUACUGACCGAAGACGGCGAAAGCUGGAACAAAAAGAUAUAGAUUUGCGAAGACGAAUACAAUUGAUACAAGAUUUUGACAUGCCAGACAUGAGUAAUACAGUCACGAUCUCUCCUGAUGGACGCUACAUAUUUGCUACUGGUACCUACAAGCCCUUUUUAAAAUGUUUUGAUGUAGAUGAUCUGUCUUUGAAGUUUUCACGAGGUCUGGAUGCUGAUGUCGUAAAAAUGAUUGUGCUCAGUGAUGAUUAUUCUAAGUUCAUUCUUCUGCAAGAAGAACGAUAUCUCGAGAUGCAUGCUGCCUAUGGAAGGUAUUUCAGAAUGAGGAUUCCAAAAUUUGGUCGUGAUAUGGCCUUCUGUCAUGAAGUGAGUGAUCUGUACAUUGUGGGAAGUGGCAGUGAAAUAUGGCGCUUGAAUUUGGAAGAAGGAAAGUUUCUGGAGCCUUUGAAAACAUCGUCCUCUUCAUUGACAUGUUGCGAAUUCAAUAAAGAUCACCAGCUUUUUACUUGUGGAACGAAUGAUGGUCAUAUCGAAGCUUGGGAUCAUAGAGAUGCAAGUCGAUGUGGCAUUCUCGAUUGCGCUUUAUAUUUUCCUUCGCAUAAUGAGCUACCAGAAGUUACCUCAUUGUGUUUCAAAGAUUCGCUUCAUCUUGGAGUCGGUACUAGUACCGGUCAUAUCUUACUAUUCGAUAUCAGAUCCAGCAAACCCUUGUUUAUUAAAGACCAUCAGAAUGGCUUACCGAUAACUAAACUUGAUUUUGUUCCUGACCAUAAUCUUGUCCUGAGUAUGGAUAUGCGUGUAUUGAAAAUGUGGCAAGAAAUGGAUGGUAAACCAUUUGCUGCUAUCGAACCUGGAUCCAAUUUAAACAGUUUCUGUCGCUACCCUGGCUCCGGACUUCUGUUUAUGGCAAAUGAAGCUCCAAAGUUGUUACAAUAUUUCGUUCCAUCUCUGGGUAUGGCUCCUAAAUGGUGUUCUUAUCUUGAGAUGAUUACAGAAGAACUUGAAGAAGCGGAACAACCAGUGGUGUAUGAUGACUACAAAUUUGUGACAAAAGAGCAGCUUGAGGAAGUAGGUUUGUCACAUCUUAUUGGAACAAAUCUUUUGCGUGCAUAUAUGCAUGGUUAUUUCAUGGAUAUGCGACUUUACAAUAAAGCAGAGAUGUUUACACAGCCGUUUGCAUAUGAAAAUUACAAACAAAGAAAGAUAAUGGAAAAAAUUGAUGAGCAGCGCUCUUUACCAGUUACUCAUAAAACAGUAAAGAAACCGACACUGCCGAGCAUUAACAGAGAACUGGCAUCAAAAUUAAUAACUGAACUGUCUUUGACGGAAGAAAUGAAAAAAGUUAAUAAAAAAGCACGGAAAAAGAGUGAACAAAUAACUUCCAUACUGUCAGACGAGCGAUUCGGCUCUCUUUUCACGAAUGCUGAUUUUCAAAUUGAUGAAAGCAGUGAGCAUUAUCAGCAGCUUGCACAGGCUUCCAAAAAAUUGAAGGACAAACAAUUGAAAUUGCGGAGGAGAAAUGGUGGUGUGAGCAGUAAAGACGAAGAAGAGUUGGAAAUGCAGAGCAGUAUUUAUUUGAAUGACGUGGAUGUCAGUGGAAGCACAAGUAGCAGCAACACGAGCAGUGUUAGUGGUGAAGAUUCUGAAAGUGAUCUUGAUAGUGACAGUGAAAGUAUUUCGGAAAAAGAUAUGCUAAUGGAAGCUGAAAUUGAAGAGAAGAGAGCUGACAGAAAUCUAUGUUCAGUAAAAUUGAAGGAUCGGAAACCAAAAGGUUUCGAUUUAAUUGAAUUAGAUGCAGGUGAAGAUGUGAGCCAUUACUUACAACAAAAGGUGGAUGAUAAAGAGACAAAGGUUGAGACGAUGGGUGCGAAACGCGAGAGUCUUCAUGAAGUUACUGAAAAUGAACAAUGCACAUCAUUUGGUGGUCGUCAAAUGGCAUUUCAAUUGCAAUCACGUAAUUCGGCUCCAACAAGAGAGCAUGUAGUAGAGCGAGAAAGACUUCAUUUACAAGAAAGGAAGAAAUGUAGGCGUGGGACGCGAGAAAUCAAUAAAACGUUAAAGAGACUUCCUGGAAAGAGAGUGUUUCGUCGUAGGUGA